GCAGGGGACAACUUGAACUGAUUAAGAUACAAGAGCACACCGCACUUGUAGUAACCACUGAUCAUAUACUGUAGUGUUUACAUUCUGUUGGUUAUUGGCCCUUUUCCGUGGUGCCAGCUCUUAUAGUUGAGAGGCAACGGAAUAGAGGUCGAUCAUGAACUGAAACACCGAAAAGCGUUAACACAACAUUGACUUCAAAGGUGCAAAAACAAUCAUGACAAAUUAACUGGACGACUCCAGGCAGAAUUUCCUGUCUCUCAUUGGACGCCGUUAUAUAUCAUUUCAGCCAUUAUGGCGGUACUUGGAGAGGCUAAUAUUAUCCCAUGAGGCAUUCGGGUAAAAGGUUUACGAAGCACUUUCCUAAAAGAUUUGAAAUUCAAAGAGGUCAUGACCAGAUAUUGUACAGACACAUGCGAGCCUUUUGAUGAACUGCUUCGAUCGCCCCCUUGCAGAUUUUCCCUCGCUCCGCCACCUGUUUUUCUGUCACAGCGGAUUCUGACUGCCGGUAUGAGGUGGUGGCGAAGUUCUGGUCUCACGAACACGUCAAAGACUUUUUUUUCUCCAACAAGUGUCUGGAAAAUUGCCUGUCUUCGUAGGAUGCUGCAUUGUGCCCACAACACGCACAAGCCUUCCACUUUCUCGCGAAUCGUUCACAAUCUAAGGCACGCAGAUGAAUACGUGGACGCGACGUGACCCUUUUUGAGCUGCGUGCCUACGGGGUCGCUAAACUAGGAAGAUCAAAGUCGUCGGCGCAUUCCGUGCGUGGACGGCAAGACGACCAGAAGACGGAGGACAUCGCCACAUUGUGCUGCAUGCGGUCGCGCACAAUGCUGUACAAUCACAAAGACGGAGCUGGGAAUAACCUUUCGCAGAUGUCACUUGGUGGUUCUCCUGUGACCCUCGUCCAGCUGCCAGGGGGCCAGCUACAGGUUCAAGGAGUGAUCCAGUCUCCACAGUCGUCGGUCAUUCAGGCCCCGCAGACGCAGACUUCACAGGAGGGUUCAGACAGUGAGGAUUCACAGGAUUCAUCAGAAAGUGGAACCACACCGCAAAAGACCAGAGAGCUUCUGGCCAGGCGACCGUCAUACAGAAAAAUCCUAAAUGAGCUUUCAUCUGAGGGGGUCCCGCACAGUGAGGGGAAGGACAGCUCGACAACUUCGGGAGUGACGGGUGUAACCAUACCGGCGCCAAUCUAUCAGACAACCACCGGCCAGUACAUUACUGUAACCCCGAAUGGAACAAUCCAGCUGACAAAUCCAGGACCUGAUGGCAUUCAGGAGCUACAGGUUGCUAUGGCUAACCCGACUGGAGGCCAGCAGGGCACAACCAUCCUCCAGUAUGCUCAGACCCCCGACGGCCAGCAAAUAUUGGUACCAAGUAACCAGGUGGUCGUACAGGAUGCAGGGGGAGAAGUGCAAACGUACCAAAUCCGUACAACACCGACAUCGGGAUCGCUACCCCAGGCCUUAGUGAUGGCCUCGUCCCUGGGACUAUCUCAGAGCAAAAGUGAGGAUCCAACCGUGAAAAGGGAAAUUAGACUCGCAAAAAACAGGGAAGCAGCCCGGGAAUGUCGGCGGAAGAAAAAGGAGUACGUCAAAUGCCUCGAGAAUCGAGUGGCAGUGCUUGAGAACCAAAACAAAACCCUGAUUGAGGAACUGAAAAGCUUAAAGGAACUUUAUUGUGUCAAAACAGGCUAAACUGGUAAAGUGCAGAGCCAGUGUGCCGUCACUGGGAACAGCUCUCAGCUCUUUGGACGCGGUCAUGUUUCUGGGAACGCUUCAGGUUGAGAUCCAUGAGCUUUUUACUCCGCUUGAUAUAACAAUGAUUGAUAUAUCUCGAGAAAAAGAAUUUGGACAUUUUUUCCAGCUGUUUUUUUUUUUAUAUUCACUAAUGCUAUAACAUUUAUAGUUGUGUAUAUUUUGAAACUGGGAGGUUUUAAAAUGAUGAGCUUUUGCUUUUUCACUCUCGAGUUCUAAAUGUGAUUUUUAAAAAAAAAAAAAAAUGUUGGGUGGUUUUUAGGUCUACCAACAGCAUUUACAGAAUUGACUGUAUUAGUUCUUUGUGAACAUGUUUGCUAAACGGAAAUUUCUCUUGACCAGGGAGCAAAACGUUUGAGAUAUGAGCGCUCUUAUUUCUCUUACUCCCACUAAGGAAAAGUUAAUUUUCCUUCCUUAUUUUUGUGCAAUGGGAUCAAAAAGGGUAACAGAAAUAUUGUGCGAUUGUUCAUUGGCCGUUACUGUUUAGACAAUCUGGAGGAAAUUUUUUUUGCACAGCGUUUGAGUAACAUUAUAUUUCUUCAUGAAAAAGAUGAGGCUGUGUUACUCAUUCUGUCAGUAAAUAAUAUAUAUUUUCA